GCGGCCGGGUCAGGGCGGUGCCGGCGGGGCGGUGCCCGUGCCCGGGGCGGUGCCCGUGCCCAGGGCGGGCCUCGGGGCUGGGCGAGGCGGAGUCCGCGGGGCAGCGAGGCCGGUCCCAUGGGAGCCCGGCGGGCCGCUGAACGCCCAUGGCUUUCAGCCCGGGGCUGCUGGUGGUGGCCGGAUCCUUCGCCGCUUUCCGCCUGCUGAAUCGGGGGCUGGAGCGGCUCGUACCGCCGCCGCCCUCGGCCCGGCGGAACCGCUGGAAGUGGCGCAACAUCUGGACAUCGCUGGCGCACAGCGUGCUCAGCGGCGGCGGGGCGCUGGCCGGGUUCUACCUCCACCCCGAGAUGUCCAAGGACCUGGUGGGCACACACCCGCCCGGGGCGCACAGCCUGGUGGCCGUGUCUGUAGGCUAUUUCCUGGAAGACUUCGUGGACAUGUUGUGCAAUCAGAAACUGCAUCAGUCCUGGGAGCUGCUCUUUCAUCACUCUGUGGUCAUCAUCUGCUUCGGUAUUGCCGUGCUGCUCCACCAGUACGUCGGCUUUGCCCUCGUGGCUUUGCUUGUGGAGAUCAACUCCAUCUUCCUCCACGUGCGGCAGAUCCUGCUCAUGGCCAACCUGGUGCACACCACCUGCUACCGCCUCAACAGCCUCGUCAACCUGGGCACCUACGUGGUGUUCCGCAUCGCCACGCUGGCCUGGAUGAGCCGCUGGCUCUUCCUCAACCGCCGGAACGUGCCCGCGGCCGCCUACGCCGUGGGCACGGCGGGCAUGGCAAUCAUGACGCCCAUGAACAUCAUCCUCUUCUGGCGCCUGCUGCGGAGCGACUUCUUCAAAUCCAGGCGGGACGUGCUGCCGGAGAAGGAGGAAUAGGCCCCUCCCCUGCGAGGGAGGGCAGUUCCAAGCCCAUGGAGCAAGUGGAGGGUGAACGUGGCUGUUUCAGGGAGGGGCUGCACUAACGGAGUAUCCAGGCUUUUCUUGUGGCUCAAGAUCCUGGGCCCUGCACAGCUGAGGAGGUGCUCAUGGACCAGGCAGUGUGGCUCUGCUCCCCACUUUUGGAUGAUGUGGUUGGACGACUGGGAGCUGCUCAGAGAAGCCUUGGCAGCUUUCACAGCUCCCUGAGGCACCACUGAGAUGAGAAAGGGGCAGAGCAGCAUUAUUUCCCCACUGCUCUUGCAGACAUCCCGACACCACAGGGUGUUUCCAAUCCCCUUGGUGCUGCAGCCCCCUGUGUCCCAUCAGCCACAGGACACCGAGUUCUCUGUGGCAUCUCUUAUGAGAACACCACCAGCAAGACAGGCCCCAAGGCUUUGCCUUUGAGGUUUUAGUCACUAAAAACCAAACCCUCCACUGAUAAGCCUUCCCCAAGGAGAUUGUCCCAGGCUGAGACCUGGCUGGGUGCCUGCUGCCCACUGUGGGGUGCAGGUUGGGGGCAGCCCCACCCUCUCCUGGCAACUGGAGCUUUUUCUGUGUUGUUUUGUCCCCAGAUAAUUUCAGUGCCCAUAAAUGAGCGUGGGAGAGCGCGAGUGGCUGGCGGGAGGAUGCCGUGUGAUGGUCACUUCCCACAGAUGUGGGGUUUUCAGGCACCUUUUAGGAUUCAGGCAUCUGUUAGGAAUGCCAGGUUGUGCUGCAGAGCCCGCAGUAACGCUCUCACCCGGCAGCAAAGGCUCUUACUAACACGAGCUUUUAACAAAUGCCUGCAAAUGAAGUGGCUUGAGGGGAAAGGACUGAGAGGGGAUAAAAGGACCCAGCAUCCCAACCCACUCUGGGGGUGUCACUACUUAGCACAGUCCUUACCCCGUGUCUCCCUGCCAUGGAGUGAAAAUACACUGUGCACUGGCACACUCUA